AUGGAAGUUUUUGACUACAAACUUUAUCAUCAAAAUCAAAGAGAUGAAGUUACUCCACUUUUUUCUCACGUGUCAUUAAUUAAUCAACAAAUGGGAGAAGAGACCUUUAACGAUUUUGAGAAUUUUACUCAAACUGUAAAUAUUAGAGGAGACAUGGAAACUGAAAUUUUUUGUUUUGUUAAAUUUAAAAAUCAACAAAAUAAUGAAAGGAUGGCCUACAGUGAAAAACAUGCUCUCUUCCCCCAAGAAGCAACGACGGUUAGAUUGGAACAGUCUAUAAUACACGAAGCGACUGACGGAUCGACUAUUAAAAUUUAUCAAUAUCGAAUACAAGUAUAUAAAGUUAGUCAUGAAUAG